AUGGCUCACCAUGGGACAAGAAUGCCCGCUUUUAGGGCACGGAACAUCGAUCCAAACAAACGGAUGUACGUGUACAUGGAGAAUGAACUCGAUGAAACGGCUGAUGCUACAGCUUCCAGAGAUAUUACUAGAUUACCAACAGGAAUGGAAAAAGAUGAAGAGAAUGAAAGUCACAUUCAAGAAGCUAUAAAUGCGAGGCAAGCGUACACAUUAGGAGAAAAAUAUGAUCAAAAAGUUGCUUUAAUUCCAACAAGACCCACAGAAAUCAUAGAUACUGAAAUAUAUGAAUUAUUGUAUAAAAAAGUAGAUCCAGGAUUAAUAAAUAAAACAGAAUACUUAAGGCUACCGUUAUCAUAUUUAUUUUUUAAUUCACGAUAUAUGUAUGAUGCUGAUGAAGAAGAUUGUGAAUGGUUAAAACAAAGACCAUAUAUUAAAAUUAACGAUUUUGAAAAUAUUAUUGAAACACUUGAGCGAGAAUCUUCAGAUACAAAUGUAUGUCUUCCAGAGACUGCAGAAAAUUUACUAAAACAUAUGCCUGCUGGUAUUGUUGGUGAAGUAUAUGAUUUGUGGUUGAGUAAAAGAAGUGUUUGUACCAGUAAGGGAUGGAAUUCGUUAAUACCUAAAUUAAAAACAGAAGCUCGUAAAGAUAGUCAUAAUUCUUCAAAUCCAUACAUAUGUUUCCGUAGGAGAGCUGAAAGAAUGCAAACUAGGAGAAAUAGGAAAUGUGAAGAGGAAAACUUUGAAAAAAUGUUGUACCUUAAAAAUAAUUUCAAGAAAUUUGAUGAGAUUCUUAAAGAAAUGGAAAAAAGGGAAAAAUUAAAAUUAAACAUUGUACAACAAAAUGAAAAUAUUUUUAAUAUGCGCCUUUCAUUUGACUCAGAAGCUCAAUGUAUAAUAUCACGACAAAACUUAUCGGAAGGUGUUAUUAUGGACCGUGUGACAACUUCUCUAACAAAUGUUCUUGAGGAAUAUAAUGAUAAUUCAAAUGUACUGGUUGAAAAAAGUAAUAGAUAUGAACAAAUUAAGAAACGUAAAAUGCGCAGGCGUAAGCAAUCUUCUAAAACUGUUGAUUCUGAAGUAGAUAUUGGUGAUAAACAAUGGUCAUAUAAUACAAAGUGUUUUGAAGCUGAUGAAAGUAGUCUAGAUGACAAUCGUCCUGGCAAAAGAAAAUCUAAUGACGAGGGUGAAGGGAAAUUUGAAUUUCGUAGAAAAAGAGGUGUUACAUACCGGGCUCCUAACGAUGUUUUAUUUAAAUCAGAUAAUCCCAAUUAUGAAGAUCUCAUGUUUAGUAGACCCGAGUUCAGUAUGCAUCGUGAUCGUUUCUUUCCAUAUACAUUUCCUUCAAAAAUUAAUGGACAAUAUAUUACAAGAAUGGUAAGGAAAGCUUUGGGAAGGUGUGGACAAACAUUUUUAGAAUAUAUUAAUGAAAGUAAUAGUGAUGAUGAAAUGCCAAAAUCUUUGUUUGCUGUUCAUAAUCAAACUAUUCAUGUGAAAUUUCCUCCAUCUACUACACAGAAUGGUUGUAAUGGGAGCUAUGAUUCCGAUGAUUAG